CCUCCAAUCCUCAUCUGUCCUUCGCUGUGGAGGAAGGGGACGGAGACGGAGGCAGAAAGAGAGAGUUUUUCACAAGUGGAGCUGGUGGCAGUCUGAGCGUGAGAGGAGCCGGGGGAGCAGCGUCCUGGAUCGCCGAGCACCGAGGGAUCGAGAAGAGCUCAGAGUCUGGGACCAGGCAGAGGAAGAGGAAGAGGAAGAGGAAGAGAAGAGGAAGAGAAGGGAGCAACGGUGUACGGUGGAAAAUAGCGACAGUUUCGUCAGUUUCCCUUCGGUAACAUCCCCUAGCAACCGUCGCCAUGGCAGCUGAGAAAGCUGAAAUGGAUGCCCUGAAAAAGGAGUGCGAUGGCCUCCGUGCACAGAUUGAGGCGGCCCGCAAGGCCGUGAAUGACUCCGACAUGGUGAAGGCGUCAGGCGGCGUGGGCUCGGUGGGCCGGGUCCAGCUGAAGCUCAGGAAGACACUGAAGGGUCACCUGGCCAAAAUCUAUGCCAUGCACUGGGCGGCUGACUCCAGGCAAAUGGUGAGUGCAUCACAGGAUGGAAAGCUCCUCAUCUGGGACACCUUCACAGGAAACAAGCUGGUCGCCGUCCCACUAAAGUCUGCCUGGGUGAUGAGCGUGGCCUUCGCCCCCUCUGGUAACCUGGUGGCCAGCGGCGGUCUGGACAACAUGUGCACGGUCUACAACAUCAAGGCCGCCAGCCCCAAGACCCUGAGGGAGCUGGACGCCCACACAGGCUACCUGUCCUGCUGCCGUUUCCUUAGCGACACCGAGAUCCUGACGGCCUCCGGUGACACCACCUGCUGCCUGUGGGACCUGGAGACUGGCAAGCAGAAGAUCAUCUUCACCAACCACAUCGGAGACUGCAUGUCGCUGGCUCUGUCCCCGGACACCAACACCUUCAUCUCCGGAGCCUGCGACUCCCUGGCCAAGCUGUGGGACCUGAGGGAAGGCACCUGCAAGCAGACCUUCAGCGGACACACCAGCGACAUCAACGCCAUCUCCUUCUUCCCCAGCGGAAACGCCGUCAUCACGGGCUCCGACGACUGCGCCUGCAAGAUGUACGACCUGCGCUCCGACCAGGAGGUGCUCAACUACCAGGACACCAGCCUGAACGCCGGCGUCACGUCCCUGGCUCUGUCCAACUCGGGACGACUCAUCUUCGCCGGCUACGACGACUUCAACUGCCACAUCUGGGACUCGCUGAAGGGGGAGAAAGUCGGCGUCCUGUCCGGCCACGACAACCGUGUGAGCUGCACCGGCGUCCCCGAGGACGGGAUGGGCGUCUGCACGGGAUCCUGGGACAGUUUCCUCAAACUGUGGAACUGAGGAACCGGAUGAACACGAAGAAGAAGAAGAAGAAGAAGAAGAAGAAGAGUAGGAGGAGGAGGUAGAAGAGAGGAAGAGGAGGAAAGGGUGAAGAUAGGGAGGAGGAGGAGGAGGAGGAGGAGCCGGUGCAGAUGUUUGCCCCCUCUUCUCUUUUUUUAUUUCCUCUUUCUACCUCUUCCUCAUUCAUGUAUGCAAAAUAUACGAGAGGUUGCGAGUGAGGCUUGUUGUGUAAAUGGCAUCAACACAAUGCACGAUGCAUCUCGCUGUGUGUACCAGAGAGCUCUAUCGACACAGUUUAAAUAUCUGGAGAAUAAAAGUAAAAAAAAAUAAAAAUGACUGCAGAGCUCUUACUCUCGGUUAAACACUUUUAGAUUUUUGAAAGAUGACGAACGCUGAAAAUAAGACCAUAGAUCUACAUACAGAUUUAUUUUUAUUGUCUUUGACCUGUAAAAGAGCCCUGCACUUAUUUAGAUAACAGAUGUAAAUUUAUUUGUAUUUUAUAGUUUAACACAUUAGACUUGAUGUACAGUGUCUUUUAUUUUCUUCUUCCUUGUUUCCCCCCUGAUGCACAUGUCCAGAGUGUAUGUGUACGUAGAGCAAAUCCAAGAUGGCCGCCGACGUUUCCCAGUCACCGUGGGGGAAAAAUGAAUAAAUACGAAACACCAACGAGGUGCUGAGAAGAACGAGGGUGUGACGGUGGUAGACUGAGCUCUGAAUCGCUCUGUGAACGUUCCUUUACUCCCCCUGGGUUCAGCUGCGUUUUGUAGAACUUUUACACGUGUGCAGUUCCUCUGUAAAAAGACGAAAUGUUUGUUGAAAAUCUUUCUAAUAAACAUAGAAUUCUGCAUUAA